AACAAAUCUGAACGCGUCCCUGGUUAAAUUUACGACCAAUAGGAUUUAACUGAAUCGUUUGCGUUUAAACUUUAACCCCUAGGUUACUGGGUAUAGUUUAUAGGCUACAUGCAGUUUAUGGUCUUCUUUAUUGGCAGACACUCCGAAUUUCAACGAAUACCGUGCGGAUUCCCAUCGAAAAUGAUUUUCUUACAGGGAAUAAACGGAAAGUAGUGCCUUUGACACUGGAAGUAAAUUAUCUAUGUGUGUAAUACUCAUAUGGUGUUUUUGUUAUUUAAAUCUACUUCAUGUAGUACUUGUUCCAUAAUCGACUGACGUGGGGACCUCGGAGGGCUGGUCGAGAAAGCCUGGAUGACUGGAUACUACGCUGAGCCUCGCAGUACAGUAACCCUACUCAUGCUUUUGUUUAUAGACUUUCAAGUGAUUAUCGCUUUGGUUACAUAUUUCAACAAUGUCGCAACUGGCCUGUAAACAAAGAAAGACGACGUGCUGUAAUUUAUUUUCCCGAAAACUCAUGGUCGUGGAUAGUCUACAUUGAAUACGAUUAUUGUCAACCAAAUAACCAGCGUCAUUGACCCAGGUGGACGUUUACUAACUGUUCAGGCAGGUUCCUGCACGCUCUCUGUUUAAAGGUUAGGCUACUUGUACCGUAAAUGGAGGUUUGUCUUGACUAAGUUUGGUAUUGCCAUUUUAUUAUUGUUAGGCCUAAUCGCAAUCAACAAAAUAAUCCAUGUUUAAACGUGUGAGUCGAUUUUAAAAUGGUUGAAAAUCGAUGCUCCGUUCAAAGGGAAGGGGUCUACCGCUGGUUUUCCAUAUUGAACUCGGCCCAGAGAGCUGAGUUCAUUUGUGGGCUUUUGGACCUCUGUGUUCCCAUCGAACUACGCUUCCUCGGGUCGUGCUUGGAAGAUUUAGCCCGCAAGGACUAUCACUCCCUCAGGGAUGCCGAGAUCAAAGCCAACAACCCCGCUGACCUCUCGAACCUUACCAACAUCACGGACGAGGUCGUGAGGAGCAAGCUGCUUAUCUCCCUUGCACUUCUCAGCUCCGACAAUCGAGAGGCUGCUGGUGUUCUCUUCCGAACGCUCACGCACAUCGACAGCAUCAUAAACAACUACGGCCUGCAGCUCAACGAUGGACAAACGGAUGAGCAGUUCCUUCUCCUCUUCACCAUGGCAUCCAAUCACCCGGCUUUCAGCUUUCAUCAGAAGCAGGUGCUAAGACAGGAGCUUACCCAGAUCCAGGAGAUCCUGCAGGUCACCUGUGGAGAGCAGCAGCCCGGGACUGGUGGCUGCGACGGGACUGGAGCGCUGGCCACCCUGUCUCCCGCCACUAACAUCCCAACCUACAUCACUGCGCCCACCCUCGACUCCUGUCAGGUCGGGUGUCCAUGUUCUCAUAAGACACUGCACCGAGACGUCGGGGCAGGGCGAGGGAACGAGGGAAUUGUCCCAGAAUCCAUGCCUCACAUGCCAUCUCUCUCAUGCAAGGAGCUGCCAGUCAAGGUGCACGUUGGGAAACUCAGCAAAGUGAACAUAGAGAGGAUAGAGCUGAGGGGAGUAACCAACAAGGGGGGGAAACCAAGUGAAUAUAUGCUAGAGGUCAAAUGGUCAGACUCCUCUGUGUCCACUGUGAGCAGGACUCACCAGGAGGUGCUGGACUUUCUCUCCCAGGUCUCCCAGCUUUUCUCUGAUGAAGGUUUAGAGAAGUUCCUGCCUCAGUCCCCUGGCCUUGAUCAGACCUCUGAGCUGGACCCCAGGUGCCUAACAGCGCUUCCAGUUCACAUUCUCAAACACUACCGGGCCAGACUCUUCUUCAGCACUACUGCCCCCACCGCCACCGUCCCCUCCUUUCUCCCCACUUCAAAUCUUGGGUGCCUGCUUCAAUACAGAGGAGCCAACAGGGCUGUGUGUGGUGUGGCCAGUAUCCAGCCAGUUAUGAGCAUUCACAACUCCAUUCCGCCUUGCUCUCCAAACCAGCUGCUCCCCCAGGGCACAGUGCCCACCCUUCCCCCCGGCAGGGUGGGGGUAUCAGGGGGGGACAACGCGCCCUCUCCCGGGCACCUCCAGAACCCUGGCCCUCCACAGAUGAGUAGCCCAGAACAGAAUGGCAUCCUGGACUGGCUGAGGAAACUCCGCCUGCACAAGUACUACCCAGUCUUCAAACAGCUGACCAUGGAGGAGUUCCUUGGACUCACAGAGGAGGAUCUGAACAGGUAUGACCUCACCCAGGGAGCCAAGAAAAAGCUGAAGACGCAGCUGGAACUGCAGAAUAGGGAGAAGAGGUAUAUGAUGUCCCAGUUCCCUGUGUCCUGUAGUGGCAUCGCCAGGGUUACUCCAUCCAGCCACAUUGGUCUAGUGGCACAAGUCCACUCCAGCAACAACACAGAGCUACGUGUGGAGGUAGAGACGGGCAUGCACCCUCUCCCCCGGGACAGCAGCUCCUCCUCGGGUUAUUCCAGCUCUUCCUCCAGCCCCAUUACCCCUCUGUCUCUGUCUCGGGAAGGGGCCUUCGACAGGGCCAAGGAGCCGCACAGACGUAUGGGGUCAGGACUAGACUUCGGAGAGAAGGACAGGACAUGUGUUCCCCUGAACCCCACCGUUACAACAGGUCCUAGUCGGCCCACUGCUCAGGUUCUUCCCGUGCAGAAUGAUCCUACUCCCUGCCCCUCCCACAUUGGCCUUCCUCCACCCUCCUUGCCCCUACUGUCACCAAGACGCAUGCUGGGCUCCCCCCGUAAGUCCCGGCCCCCUCCCCUUUGCCCUAAUGAGCGGGCCAAACCCCUGGGUUCAGGCGUAGCUGUUGGGGUGCGGCUUGAGAGCCUGUUCCCUGGCCUGAGUGUGGACAGUGUGGGGUUCCCUCCCCUCCACCAGGAUUCUGCUGGGCCCCGGGGGCCCUCUGGGGUCACCAUGCUGCGCUCCCUUCCAGGCCUGAUGGUGGAGACCAGCACCGCCCUCACCACCACCUCUAACACCCUGCACCACGUCUCACACCCCCCUCUACACCUACAGGUGUCCCCCUCCUUACCCCGUGCUGGACACUACCCUUACCCGUCUUCCUCCGCCUCCUCUUCCUCAUUAUCUCCCUCCUUUAAGUCAGCCUUCCCAUCUGUGAGUGGCAUUUCCAUGGGAACCGCGAGCAGCGUUCCCAUAGCAGCGGUGCCAGGCAACACCUAUUGUGUCAACAGUAGCGCCGCUGUCCUGCCAAGCUCCAGUCCCACUUCCACAGAGAACAGUGGCUACACCAUCGCCUCUGGCUCCACCCCAAGCCCAUCUGUGUGCGUGUGCAGCUCCUGUGGUUGCAGGGGGAACUGUGGUUCCUACGGGGCCCUCCCGGCCAGCUACGCAGGGUACUUCCAGCACCCCUUCUCAGGGACGUCAGUGUUCACCCUGGGUCCCCUGCUUCACCUCAGUCCCCUGCUGGCUGGCAGCAGUACUGCCUUCCCCUACCCCCUGGUGGCACCGCCCCUCUACAACAGCAGCAUGUCUCACAGCCAUGAAACACAGGGGCAGCAGGGGCUGGUCCUGCCCCCCAUGCAGGGAUUUCUGGGGGCCGGGGCCAACAUGUACCAGCCUCAUGGAGUGGUGGGGAACGGAGGGCACAAGAAACCAGAGAGCCUGUCCUGCUACAACUGUGGGGUCAUCGGCCAUCGGGCACAGGAAUGCAAGCAGCCACCCAUGGACGCUGCUCAGCAAGGCACAUUUCGGCUGAAGUAUGCUCCUAAAUCAGACAGCCAGGACUCAGGGGACUAAGAAAAACUCCUGUGAUCUCACACCUGCGCACAUCAGCACCUUAUGUUCCUCAGAUUGGAGGAGCUCCUUUCAUUGACGUGACUCUUUGAACCCCAGGCACAGUUUUGAUGGUAGGCUGGUGAAUGGUGGCCACUCAACUCAACUUAGAUUCUUGCUUGAGACCAUGAAGAAAGUGAAAUUAUAGAGUCAAUUUGGAGGGUGCUAUUUUAGAUUUUUUUAAAUAUAUUUUUUUACCUUUAUUUAACUAGGCAAGUCAGUUAAGAACCAAUUCUUGUUUUCAAUGACGGCCUAGGAAUAGUGGGUUAACUGCCAUGUUCAGGGGCAAAACAACAGAUUUGUAUUAGUUCCAGUCCAUCUAUAACAGAUGAUUUUGGUCAAAGGAAAAAAUUUAAAUAUGACAAAACUCCUCACGCUACUCAGGUCACACCUGUGUCACUCAGUUCUGUAGCCAGACCCAACCCUUUCAAAACAAGUCAUGUACUGUUCUAAGACAAGAUGGCCUUUUAAAUUGCUCUGGAGAAGAAAGUUGGAUGUAUAUCUGAGAGGAUGAUGAAGUGUGAAUGUAAAGACAUAAGAUGACUGCCAAAUAAUGCACAUUGACUGACUGUCUGCCAAAUCCCCCUCCUCUGGAACAAAGCAUGUCUCUGAGGAAACAAGGAAGUACUUCUGUAAUUUCCCUUUGUGUUGCCAGACAGCACAGGGGAAGAGGAAGUGAAACAAACAAGUGCUUUAUUCAAGAAAUCAUUCACUGUGGGUACUUAGCCCUGUACAGUGCAGGUAUUAAUGAUGAAAAGAAACAGAUGGUGCCAGCAUUACUAAGAUGUGCCAUUGAUUUUGUUUUGUGCCGAACUGCCUGGAAAUUAUUCCAAACUUGUUUAAUAAUUUAGAAGUUUAGAAGUUGGAGCAGUCUAAUUGUUAUAAUCACCACCCAAAAUGGGUGGUGGUGAAAUGUAAGAGGAUCCUUUUUGAGAAAGAUUAGAUAUUGAAUGUGUCAGUGAAUGUCUCCUUAAGUUGCCACCAUGGUGUGGCAUGUGAAGCACUUUUAUGAGACUGGCUGGUCCCAGGCCAUUGGAUGUGAGUGUGACAUGAGGACAGUGGUCCUCAAGGAUGGACAAGUUAUUAUAGGUUUGUUGUGUUGCACUGGAGUGUCCCUAGCCAGGUAUGGAGGACACAAUUCAGUCAUAAGGGACAUUUAUUUGAUAAUGAUCAUAUGUACCAAUAAACACUUGCACCUAUUGCUUCCAAUAGAUAGUCAAGACUUCGACAAAAUCAGGAUCAACUUGGAGUUCCAUUCUGGUGGAUGUGAUAUUUGUAGGUAAGGAUCAGGAAGUGGUCACUGAAGAUCAAGGAAUUGUAGGACAAUCCAGGAUUGUAUCUUGACUAUCUGUACAGUAUUGCAUGUCAGGGACUGUUGUCAAAAAUGUUUUGACCACAUCCAUGCUGUUUAUGGUCUAGGUCUCAUGGGAGUAAGAGAGUUUACAGUAGGCACAUUAUGGCUGCAGAGCAAACAUGAUUCUCUGGUGGUUCAUUUGUUUUUACACUGUUCUGUAACAUUGUGCUUAGUUAAUCAAAUCAAAUCAAAUCAAAUUUAUUUAUAUAGCCCUUCGUACAUCAGCUGAUAUCUCAAAGUGCUGUACAGAAACCCAGCCUAAAACCCCAAACAGCAAGCAAUGCAGGUGGAGAAGCACGGUGGCUAGGAAAAACUCCCUAGAAAGGCCAAUACCUAGGAAGAAACCUAGAGAGGAACCAGGCUAUGUGGGGUGGCCAGUCCUCUUCUGGCUGUGCCGGGUGGAGAUUAUAACAGAACAUGGUCAAGAUGUUCAAUGUUCAUAAAUGACCAGCAUGGUCGAAUAAUAAUAAGGCAGAACAGUUGAAACUAGAGCAGCAGCACAGUCAGGUGGAAGUUGAAACUGGAGCAGCAGCAUGGCCAGGUAGACUGGGGACAGCAAGGAGUCAUCAUGUCAGGUAGUCCUGGGGCAUGGUCCUAGGGCUCAGGUCAGUUGAAACUGGAACAGCAGCAUGGCCAGGUGGACUGGGGACAGCAAGGAGUCAUCAUGUCAGGUAGUCCUGGGGCAUGGUCCUAGGGCUCAGGUCCUCCGAGAGAGAGAAAGAAAGAGAGAAGGAGAGAAUUAGAGAACGCACACUUAGAUUCACACAGGACACCGAAUAGGACAGGAGAAGUACUCCAGAUAUAACAAACUGACCCCAGCCCCCCGACACAUAAGCUACUGCAGCAUAAAUACUGGAGGCUGAGACAGGAGGGGUCAGGAGACACUGUGGCCCCAUCCGAGGACACCCCCGGACAGGGCCAAACAGGAAGGAUAUAACCCCACCCACUUUGCCAAAGCACAGCCCCCACACCACACCCAGGUUCAUGCUGCAAACAUUUUGUGUAAACAAAUUAGAUUUAUAAUCACGUCUUUAUAUCAUUAAAAUAAAAUAGUGAAAUUAUUGACCAUGGGAAAUCAUGUUUGUGCACAAAGCUGUGCAUCCUAGAUGCCUUAGCAACCCUGCAUGGUACAAUCAUUUACUAAAGAAAAUGUAUGGCCAUAAUAAAAUUAUACUGCAUUUUUGCUUCUGGAACAGUUUCAGCUUACUUGGUUCCAAUGAGAUUCUUGUCAAACAUAGAAUGACAUGUAAUUAGCUGGUAUUAUUUGACUGUAAUGUAGCAAUUGUCUUAGUCAAUAGCUAUGCAUGUUUGAUUUAAAAGGUGUUUUAAAACAUUUGGUAUUAUUGUGAAGCAGAUUUGAACUUGAAGGUCAGAUCCUGUUUUAUUUUUUUUAUGUCAGAUUUUUGUAUCGUAUGGUGUAGUGUGUUUUAAGAUUUACUUGUUUUAUAUACUGCAUGAAAAACAUUGUAAAAAGCAUUUUGUUUUCUGAUUUCAUUGGCAACACAGUGUCUAAUACCAGCAUAGGCGUUCUAGAUGGGGAACACAACACAGAAACGUUUACAUCGUUUACAUUUUUUUUUAUUCAUAAAAUACCAACAUAAAUACAAGAAAAGGUUGUAAUACUGCUGUAAAUAUGAAGAAUGAGUGGCAAACACAGGAGAAUGCAGAGGAACAUUGGGUUGAUAACUGUACCAUUCCUCUGUUAUUAAACCCUCAAUCAAACUGA